GGAGGAACGUUGUAAAAGUGGCGCUUUCCGUUCCAAUUUGAAUUCAAAAUUCAAAGGAAGGGACAGCAACAUGUGCCACGUGGGUAGCGGCGUAGCGCUCCCCCCCCCCAUCCUUUAAAGAAAUUUGAAACUUGGAUUGGUGAUCGUUGUUAGGGUUUGUUUUGAGGGAGGGAGAGAAUCGAGAUCGAGAUCGAGAGAAUGGAAAAGUACGAGAAGCUGGAGAAGGUCGGCGAAGGUACCUACGGGAAGGUUUACAAGGCGAAGGACAAGGAGAGCGGAGAGGUGGUGGCCCUGAAGAAGACGCGGCUGGAGAUGGACGAGGAGGGCGUUCCUCCGACCGCUCUCCGAGAGGUCUCCCUCCUCCAGAUGCUCUCCCAGUCACUCUACGUGGUCCGCCUCCUCUGCGUAGAGCACUGUGUGAACAAGCACGGCAAGCCACUCCUCUACCUCGUCUUCGAGUACCUGGAAACCGAUCUGAAGAAGUUCAUCGAUUCCCACCGCAAGGGCGCCAAUCCAAGGCCCCUGCCCCCCGCGCUCGUCCAGAGCUUCCUCUACCAGCUAUGCAAGGGCGUCGCCCACUGCCAUUCCCACGGCGUUCUCCACCGCGAUCUCAAGCCCCAGAAUCUGCUGGUCGACAAGGACAGGGGGAUCCUCAAGAUCGCCGAUCUGGGCCUCGGCCGCGCCUUCACUGUUCCUCUCAAGAGUUACACCCACGAGAUCGUCACUCUCUGGUACAGGGCUCCCGAGGUUCUGCUCGGAUCCACGCAUUACUCCACCGGGGUCGACAUCUGGUCCGUCGGUUGCAUCUUCGCCGAGAUGGUCAGACGCCAGGCCCUCUUUCCCGGAGACUCUGAGUUCCAGCAGUUGCUUCAUAUUUUCAGGUUGCUCGGUACUCCCACCGAGAGCCAGUGGCCUGGAGUUUCUUCUCUGCGGGAUUGGCAUGUCUAUCCACAGUGGGAGCCUCAAAACCUGGCGCGUGCCGUUCCUUCUUUGGGGCCCGACGGCAUUGACCUCCUUACGAAAAUGCUUAAAUAUGACCCAGCAGACAGAAUCUCAGCCAAAGCAGCGCUUGAUCAUCCCUAUUUUGAUGGCCUGGACAAGUCUCAGUUCUGAAGUUGGUGAUAAUCCCAACGUGUAUCUUUCUUCUGGUUUUAUAUACUAUUUGCUUGGAACGAACUUAACUGUGGUUAAGGUGAAGACCUGACUUUGUUCA